UUCCUGGUGUGAAAAGAAAGUAACAGCACUCAUCUCGUAAUCUUAACCUGUCUGAUGUCAAUGAGACAAUCAUCUCUAUUUUGCUGAUACAUACUCUGGACCUCUUACAGAUACUGAAUCACACGUGGCUAGAUAUCCAGAUUUGGAGAUCAAGACUUGAAUGUUUACGAGGCUGAAUUAUGAUAGAGAAGUAUGAAGAUCCUUCGGUGGCAACCACGGAAACUGGCGAAGCUUACAUGUGGCUUUGUAACACUUUGUAUGAUGGUGUUAAUUAUACAUGUAAUACACACUGUAUGGGUGGAUAACAAGUGUUCAAUGGAGGAGUCCAGCUCCCUUCUGGAGGAUGUGUGCCAGAGGUAUAGAGACCAUAGUGUAGAUGGUAAUCUUUGUAAUGACCUGUGUGAAAAGCAGACUAUCAACUUUGUCAAGUGUACCAACUACCGUCGUGGAAAAAAGGUACUGAUCAUGGAAUGUGAUGGCGGAUGCUUGGCAGGGGAGACAAUCAAAGUUGUCAUGAAGAACAAACCCAGAAAUAAAGAUGAAGAAUAUGAUAGACUAGUUUUGCCUUUGAAUGAUGACGGUACAGUUUCUAAAGACGGACUGGAAAUCGCUAAGAUUCUGAUGAAAAACAAAGCUUUUGGAGAUAUGCAUUUCACCGUAUCAUCCAAACAAAAUAUUUUCUCUGAACUUUGGUCCAUGGACUUACGACAGUAUGUGAAAUCUGCAACGUAUAAAAACGCUGACCAUGUGGCCUUAUUGAACAUAUGGUCUUUACUUCAACAAGAUGAAUAUUUAUUUAUGAAAGUAUAUCAAGAUGUGCCAUAUGUGCCUCGUCUGUAUGGCACUUGUGGAGAGUUCUAUUUCAUGGAAUAUGCCCCUCCUGGAGAUAUUCUCAGUCCAGGGUUCUUUGUGACAACUCCUUGGUCUAAACGUGCUGAAAUUGCAUUAAAACUGAUGGAUGUUGCACAAUCAUUUGAUACAGAUUUUCAUCAACCACUGCAUUUUUGUGAUGUGAAAGUGGAUAAUUUUGGUGUUGGUGCAGACUUGCGAGUUAAAAUCCUGGAUUCAGAUUCACUGUUUUUCGAUGAAAAAAUGUCAAUGAAUUUAAAAGGUCAUUGUACCCAAGACUUGGACUGUGACUUUUUUGACUGCCGAGGAUCGUGUGAUGUCCAUAAAAAAACAUGUAAUGGAAGGAGAGUGAACAACAAUCUGCAGAACAUUUGUGAGGACAUCUUCAUUGACAGACCGCCAAACUUUUUUCGGGGCUUGCUGCAUGAUGCACCACCCGCCAUCGCAGGUGAACUGACCACAGUGUUACAGGAUUGUGCCUACCCCAACAAAAAUAUCGGCAAGGUUGUAAGAUCUCCAACAGCCACAGAAGUCAUGGAGAAGCUGUACAAACUGCUCCAGACCAAAACACAUUGAUAGAAAAUUAACAGGAGAGAUUUCAUAAGAAAUUCACAUCAAGGUGACUCAUUGACUGGCCGAGGAAUGUUUUAAUUCAAUUUGUAGUCUACAUUGUAUUUUACAACAUCUAGCUCAAUAUUGACUACAUAUAUAUAUAUAUAUAGUUAAAUAUGAAAUAAAUUAUCAAUAGAAGAACUUUUUUAUUUUCCCACCAUGAAAAAGCUGGUGAUAAAUACUGGUAUAGCAUCCAUCUGUCACACUUAUGUUUAAAAUUUGUUAAUCGUUUCUCAGUCAAUGGUUGUUUUGUAAGUAGAUAUUUUUGUGUUGAAGUUCCUUUGAAGUCUAUCAAUAGGAAAAAAAUGAAAAUUAUUAUGAUUUAAGGUUUCUAACACAUAUCAAACUAAUUUGAAAAAAUUGAUGGGGUGAUGGUGCAAAAAUCUACAAUACAGACAUUUUUGUUUAGUCCUGUUAUCAUCAAAACAUAGAAGCAAAAUAACUGUAAAUUUACUUAUAUUUUAAUAGUAUGAUUUUAACAUAUUGGCAUAAUGAUCAAUGUUUUGGUACACCUAAAAUAUUAAAAAGAUAUCGAGAAACAAUAAUUUAUAUACAUGUAUGCACAUUCAUAAUUUAGCAUGAUGUCAUGUCGACUGUAAAUGAUUAUUUUUCCCCAAAGUUUCAUUCAGCUUGAUGUUUAUAACAUGUACCUGUACUAUGAUAAUAUAGUUUGAAUCUGAUAAUUUUAUUUUAACAUCGAUCUAGAUGUAUGAUGUGCCAUAAUGUUUUUUAUCGGACAGGAAAACGAUGCCUUGUAAUAAGUACAAACAUAUCUAGGCUGUUAAGCAGCCAACAAAACUUACUUUAUUGUCCUCAAAUAAGCCCACCCUUCCAUUUACAUUAGUUUUUGUGUUGGCCCCCUGAUGUUAUCACUAUUUCUUGGGAAGGUUUUGAUGGAUCUUUCACAGAUUUGUUUAUGUUGGUUUCUUUUGAUCAUUUUCCACAUGCGUACUCAUUUUUGAGACUGAUAAGGAAAAAAUGGCUAUUAUAUAUACUGUUCAUUGUGUAUGUACAUGUAUAUAGAGGAUAUCUAACAGUGUU